UUCAGAAUGCUACAACAAUUCCACAAUGCCCUUCCGCGACCCAGUAGCCGCUCUUCUGGCAGAAAAGACGACUAUAAUACUCGACGGCGCUCUUGCGACAGAACUCGAGGCUCGCGGACUAGAUAUAUCCUCCCCAGUAUGGAGUGCUGGAGCUCUCGUGACGCAUCCGUCUCUGAUACGCGACAUACAUUUCUACUACUACCGUGCCGGAGCUGACAUCGCUAUCACUUGUAGCUACCAGGCUACUCCCCAGGGCUUCAACGAACACCUCGGACUCGACGAAGACACGUCCAUUGCCCUAAUAAAGAAGAGCGUCGACCUCGCGAAGCAGGCUAGAGAAGACGCACUCUUCAACGUCCCUCCUCAAUACGCUCGAACGCUACUAGUAGCCGGGAGCGUAGGUCCAUAUGGAGCCUACCUUGCGAACGGGUCAGAAUACACUGGAGAUUAUGAUGUUAGCACGAAGGCCAUGAAGGAUUUUCACCGAGUUCGCAUACAGGCUUUGGUGGACGCAGGCGUCGACUUGUUGGCAUGCGAGACUCUCCCAAAGCUCUCAGAAGCGUCUGCUCUGCUCGAGCUACUCUCCGAAGAGUUCCCUGAGGCCGCAGCUUGGAUGUCGUUCUCUCUGCGAGACCCGGGCCACAUAUCGGAUGGUACACCAGUGGAGGACGUCCUCAAAACCCUGAACUCUUCACCCCAGGUGGUAGCAGUGGGCAUGAAUUGCAUACCAACGACUCUACUGGCCCCAGCUUUAGGAGUUUGGAAAGAGCACACAUCGAAGCCCCUGGUUGCCUACCCGAACUCGGGAGAGCGGUUUGAUGCGGUUACCAAAACAUGGGACAGCAAGCUCUCAGAGACUGCUUUGGUAGCAGACCUGGUCAUCGAAGGACGGAGACAGGGCGCACGUCUCGUCGGGGGAUGCUGUAGAACAAGUCCAACCGAUAUUGAGAACAUAGCAGCGGCUCUGAACACCGGAAUAUCAGGAAUGCCACAAAGGACUUAUAAGUUACCAGCGAUUGUCGAGCAUAACCCAGCAAAAUGAUAUAAUUUCCUUUAUAAUGAUAUCCUCUCCCUUUUCCUGGUAUACUUAUCCUUAAGGGCCCCAACGUUUUUUGUUUCCGUGUGUCUUGCCAUUGACGAGCACAGUGCUGCGUUACAAAUUCAAUGUCUUUGUACUUACACUACUUGUAACCUUUAUAGCGGAAUUGCAAGGCGUUCCACUCUCCCGCACUGGAGCUAAACAAGCAGUUCAUGAAAGGCAGACUACAUCGAAUUGAAACUAAAAAAAAUCCGCCUCC